AUGUUAUCAUGUAUUUCCAACUGGUGUAAAAAACAACUUGACAGUUUACAAAGUAGACAACAGAAAAUAUUAAAAUCUUCAAAAGAUGCUGAAUUAAGCGAUGAACAAAAUUAUUAUUCAUCAAUCAGAAAAAUUAUCCGAAAUCAUGAAUACGCCUUGAACAGUUAUAAUGAUUAUCUGGCAAGAACAUCAAACUACGAAUAUUUAAAACAAGCUCGUCAGAAACAGUUAUCAGCAAUUGAUGCAUCACGUAUUGGUAGACAGUUGAAUAAGGCGAAACAAAAUUUAGACGGCGAGAGUUCAUUGAAAUCAUCAUUAGAAUCUAAUGAAGAUGUACGAAAAAAUGGUCCUAUUGAAAGAGAAGUCAAACAUCAUCCUCACCAUCACCACCACCAUCAACAUCAUAACCAUCGUACCGAAGUUGUUAUACCAAGUAAUAUUUCAAUUCAUGGGACAGAAUCUACAGCUUAUCAUAAAACAGAUAUUGACAAGCUGAAUGUAACGGCUUUUUGUUCACAAUCAGUUACAAUCGAUUCAACACCGAAACAUUUAUUUAUGCAUCCAACAAAAAUGGAAGAAGAACUACUCAAGGUUAUCGAAUUGAAACAAUCUCAAAUGACCAAUGAAAGUGAUGAAGAUUGUUUGAACUGA